UGCCGAAGAGCGUCGGAUUCUAGAUACGUCAAAAACAAUAGGUAGUGCCUUGACAACAAUGUCUUGCUGACUGGGUGAAUAUUCGAUGGGACCCCGCACGCGGCGGCGAAGCAUCCACUGCCCUGCCCAGGCGGGCGUACCCUGCAGAAUCCACUUUAAUCGCUGCGAAAGGGCACGGAUCUUACCCGAGGGGGCUAUUCAUACGCCGACUUCAGCGACAACUGCAUUUUUGAAUCGGCUGACUUGGCCAACCUUUCCUUGACACAACAGGAGAAACGGACAAUCGAUGCUCCGACAUCUAUCGAAUUUCUGCAGAGUCAUCACUCAUCCUUCAGCUUCAACUCUGGCAUUCCAGGAACAUGAAGUUGUACGCCUCAAAAAAAAGACAUGCCGAAAUGUCUAAGUUUAGGUACGGCGUUGGGAUGGAACAACAUGACGAGGGGAUAGAUGCCACCUUCCCAAUGGCGCACCUGGCUAACAGAAAGCAUACUUUCCGGACACAUCGACGAAUGAGAUAUCGAAGAAAACGGGGAGGAUGCAGAGUCGGCCUGUAUAUGUACCACAUCGUUUGCAAGAAGCUGCAGAUUUCAAGGCUGAGUCGUAGAUCUUCCCCUGCAGCUUCCUGACAAACGCAUGCACCUACAGGCCUACCGGCCCCCAAGCAACCUCCCUUGGGCGCUUCCCUCAUGCCUUUAUGGUGCUUCUUCUCUCCUGCUUUAACUUAUUCUGAUCUUCUCCAUGAAGAUCAUUCUCGGUAUGAGUGGAAAGUCGAUGUGCAUCAUUCGGCGCUUCUUUCUUAGGCUAUUUCGCUUAGGGUCGGAAUCUCCUCCUCAUGAUGGUUUCUGGCCGCUGAAGUGAGAAGGAAGUCAAGGAUCUUACUCCUCAUUGUCCAUGUUGGGCUGCGCAUAUUUCUAAGCCUUGUGUUUCCCGAGACUGGGGGUUGAGAUGGCUCUGAUCACAAAUCGACCUUCACUAAGAACCGCUUCCCUCUCUUCGGAACUAUAAGACUGAGGUUUACCUCAUCAUAGACAUAUCCCAACUCCAUUCUCAGCACCAAGUCAGAUAUCGAUCAUUUUCAAUGAAACUUCUCAAUCUCUCGAUCGCCCUAGGGCUCUAUUCAUAUGUUGUCUCGGCCCAAAAAGCAGUCUUUGCACAUGUCGUGGUUGGUAACACGGCUGCUCACUCCCAGGCCACAUGGGCUCAGGACAUCCAGCUAGCGAAGAAUACCGGCAUCGAUGCUUUUGUUUUGAAUAUAGCUUAUCCGGAUGGUAAUAUCCCUGGGCAAGUCGCGAACGCGUUUGCGGCUGCUGAGGCUGCUGGCAGUAACUUCAAGCUGUUCUUUGCUUUUGAUUAUUUAGGAGGUGGACAGAGGUGGCCCUCGACCGGAUCUAAUUCUGUUUUGUCAUACCUGAACCAGUACAAGAAUAGUCCCGCUUACUUCCACUACAACAAUGCUCCUUUCGUCUCAACUUUUGAAGGCGUCGACGAUAUCAAUCAAUGGGCAGAAGGUGGACCGAUUCGAUCCGCAGUAGGAGCGAUCUAUUUUGUGCCCGACUGGUCAAGUCUAGGACCUCAGAACUUCGCGUCGCACUUAAGCAACGUUCAAGGAGCCUUCAGCUGGGAAAUGUGGCCCAACGGAGCCAGCAAUAAGACCACAGACAGUGACUUCGCCUGGAAAGGUGCUAUACAGAGUAAGAGUUACAUGAUGGGCGUGUCGCCAUGGUUCUUCCAUUCUACCAACGGGGGUAAGAAAUGGGUCUGGAGAGGCGAUGAUCUAUGGGCAGAUCGUUGGGCUCAAACCCUGCAAGUCAAUCCCGACUUCGUGCAGAUCGUUACUUGGAACGAUUUUGGCGAGUCUAUGUACGUCGGUCCAGUUCGAUACGGCAGUGAAAUUGCUUCAGGUGCCGAAGUGUAUGUCGAUGGUCAAUCGCAUGAGAGCUGGCUUGACUUCCUGCCUUACUACAUCGCCAAGUACAAAGGAGACCCAUUUGACAUUACCCGCGACCAGAUGCAGUACUGGUAUCGUACGCACCCAGCUGCAGCAGGAAGUACCUGUGGUGUAGUCGGCAACAAUGCUGAUCAAGGCCAACAAGAACUCUCCCCCAAUGAUGUGGUCGAAGAUGGUGUGUUCUUCAGCGCACUGCUCACCUCCCCAGGAGAAAUUCACGUCCAGAUUGGCAAUAAUCCGGUGACUACUUAUAACGGUAACGCGGGGAUCAAUCAUUGGAGUCAGCCUUUCAAUGGACAAACUGGUGCACCGAAGUUUAGUGUUGUGAGAGGGGGGACUACGACAGGUAGUGGGGUUGGGAAGGAGAUCACGGCGUCGACGACUUUGGCGAAUGGGUGCUCGAAUUACAAUCCCUGGGCGGGAAGCUUUUAAGGUACAAAAUCAUUGGUUCGGGAAAGUCGAAAACAAAUGGCAUUUGUAUUGUACCAAAGUGAAGAUGACCGUCGAUAACUAACAAACACAAUCUGUAGCCUAUGAAAAAUAGAGUUCCCUCUAAGCAAGUUCGUUUCUCUGUCCUCGAUCUUUUCUCUGAAA